AUGGCAGACGACCAAGAACAAGUUACCAAUGCCGUCCAAAUCCAAAAAAAGAUGGACUAUGGCUCGGGGCCUGGAGACCUCCCUGGUAUGGCUGACAUAGCCGUCGCUCAAAUCAAGGCCUCAGCUAUGUUCGCGCACCCAUGGCAGCAGCUUCUGGGUUCCGCCCCUGUUGCCAUCAACUCUACCGGGCUGGCCUUCGUCGCUGCGACGUCCGACACCGCAGCUACAAUAGAGCUUGACCCCCCUCAAGGCGGUUUUAAAUAUCUCCACUAUAAAUCUCUCCGCGCCAAUCUUACCGAAUGCGGUGACAUGGGCACAAAGGCCUUCCUGGCGGCUGAUGGUGGAAUGCUGUAUAUCCACAGUGUUGCUUCCAUGAUCCCCGAUAGGGUCAAUAGUAUCAUGGAAAUCAUAAUCGAUCCCAUAAGCGCUCAGAGAAUGCUCAAAGGGGCCCUCCUGAGCAUUAAAAAGAGCGCUGACGACUGCUAUGACAGGGCCAAAACGAUUGACAAAGGGUUUAAUGACUGGAUGCUGUACGCCACAGAGCUGUAUGCUUCCUGCGUGGAGAAAGAAUCAUCUGCCGAGGAGCAGUUGGCGAAAACAAAGCUUCAAAUGCUGGCAGCGCAAAACAUCUUAAAAGCUGACGAAAUCAAUGUCAAGAACCAGAAAGCCGCGACAAGGACAUUCAAGAAACAGCUCCAGAUGGCGUCAAACGUAUAUAAGAAAGCUUCAGAUAGCUUCCCCAACACUGCCACCCCUUCCAAUCCCCUGUCUGGAUCUAAGCAUCUCCAUGCUUAUCCACAUCUAAAAGGAAUUCGGCUCCUUUUACCUCAAAAAGCUGACACAAUUCAACAAAAUAGGUGGGACCUUGUGGGCCAGGAAAUAGUUGGUAAGCUUGGAGAUACCCUCGUCACUGCUCUGGGCCAGUUGGCCACGGCAUACACGGAGAACAUGAACUAUACUGCUCGAGCAGAGGAGGCAGAAAAGAUGUUCAAAGACUUCAAUAAGAAAGGAAAUGACGGAAGCGGGAACGGGAAUGCUCCUCUCCCAACCCCUGAACCAAAAGCAAAAGUCCCUCUGCCUCAGAAUAGCACGGAUCCUGCCUAUGUGCAAAUUAAGCCAGCUAUCGUUUAUCUGAGAGUGUUGUAUUCCAUCCUGUUCAAAGGAAAUGGUGGUGGUAUCAACUGGGACGAGGUUUCCACAACUACUGGCUCUGGAUCAAAGUCACUCUUAUACACUCUGCAGAUGCUGAAGAAUGCUCGCGAUCAAUUCAUCGAAGUGGCAACAGACAAGGAUCCAAGCGUCAAAUUCAAGCAAGUCCUUCAAACCUCUAUUCAGAUCGCUACCGAGGUUUAUAAUCUCGGUGGGAAGGGUAGCAUGAACGAUCUCCCUGGCCCAGAUGAUGCAAAGGUCAAGAAGUGGCAGCAAGAUUUCAACCCUGUAUACAUUGACGCAAAUGAGCUGUUUGCAGUGUCCAAAGCCCUUCCUGGAUCAACCAGCACCGAAACGGUUAUGGCCAAUCCCAAUAAGCAACAAACUCAGGACCCCCAGAUGGCACAAGGCCAGGCGGUACUCGAAGCCGCCAAAGAUCGACUGCACACGACCCAGCAAGCCUAUAUUGCAUCAUCUAAGGCUUACCAGGAGGCCACGAAAGCUCUCACCAAAGAUCAGAGUGAUCUGGCGGCGGCACAGAACAAGCUGUUGCAGCUUAACACCGAUGAAAAGAAUCUUACAGCCAUAAAGACUAUCCUUGAGGCAUCUAUCCGCCUCAUCGCCGUUGUCAAAACCAGAGUCAUGGACCUGGUUACAUUUUUCAAUUCGAUCAGUUCGACCAUCGAAGUGAUUGUUGAGGAGGUGGUGGAGGAGUUCUUGAGGAAAAUCCAGGAGAACGUUGCCAACAAUGACCCGGAUGGCGAAUUGGAUGACCUUAAGGUUGGCAAUUAUAACUUCACUGACCUGGCCCGUACUCAAAUCUACAAGAGCGCCAUCUUCAUGCGAGCAUAUUUCGAGAUAUUCGGCGAGGUUGCAAAGAUGUGGUCCGACCUGUCUAUCGAAAAUAUCAUGCCAGGUAUCCAGCUCCUGGUUGGUAUCAGCUCUGAUUUCGCGGGGCAGAUGGGCAAAGAUCCCAAGGAAUCCAGAGACAAGGUCAGGGACAGCGUCAGCAAACUUAACAGCUGGUUCGAAGGCGCAAAGGCCAAGAUUGAGGAUCUCGCCGGAAAAGAGCAAGAGAAGAUUCUCGGCCAGAUGGACAGCCGCAUUCAACAGGUCGCAGAAGACACCACAAAGUUGCCACCCCCAGCACCGACAACCGCAGAAGCCAUCAACGCCGGCGCAGGCAAGGUCACAGAUGCAGCAAAGAGUGCAAUUGAAUUCAAUGCGGAAAAGAACCCCAUGGCUGUUUGGGUAAGGAGACAGCCCUAG